AUGGCCGCUAUAAAGGCCAUCGAUGGCCGCACCGUGCAUCAAAUACAAUCUGGCCAAGUCAUCGUUGAUCUCUGUUCUGUUGUCAAGGAAUUAGUCGAAAACAGCAUCGAUGCGGGCGCCAGUAGCCUCAUCGAAGACGUUCGCUUCAAGAACCAGGGUCUCGAUUCGAUCGAGGUUCAAGACAACGGCUCAGGCAUCUCGCAUGACGACUACGAUACUAUUGCCUUGAAGCACUACACUUCGAAGCUUUCAACCUACGCCGAUUUAGCUACCCUCGAGACAUUUGGUUUCCGUGGUGAAGCCUUGUCUUCACUAUGUGCGCUAUCGCGGUUCAGUAUCGUCACUUGCCUAGCAAAGGACGUUCCCAAAGGCACCAGACUCGAAUUCGAAAUUUCAGGCAAACUGGGCAAUACAAGUGUUAUUGCUGCUCAGAAAGGCACCAAUGUCAUCGUCGAGAAUCUUUUCCAUAAUCUGCCUGUCCGUCGUCGCGAACUCGAACGCAACAUUAAACGAGAAUGGAACAAGGUCAUUUCGCUCCUCAAUCAGUAUGCCUGCAUCCAGACAGGUGUCAAAUUUACCGUAUCACAGCAGCCCAGCAAAGGCAAACGCAUCGUUUUAUUCUCCACCAAAGGCAAUCCGACAACUCGUGAGAACCUCGUCAAUAUAUUUGGCGCCAAGACGAUGAUGGUUCUGGUCAAACUGGACAUGACGCUAAAUUUCGAGCCAACCGGUGAGGACUGA